AUGUGUGGAGGCGUUUAGAGGAAGAGGAAGCAGAAACAUACGAGUGUACGUUUAUAUUUGACUGCGAUCUGAACGACUGUUUCUCUGAAUAUCUGUGAGAUUAAAGUCAAUCAGGAAUGAGGGCCACCAUCACAAUCACCAUCUUCUUCUCUCUCUGCAUGAUGUCAGGUCAGGUUCUGUGUUUAAAAGUGAUCGGCUGCUCUGGAGGGAGUGUGAUGUUCAAGUGCAUGUAUAAGUCUGAUGAGCAACAUAACACAAAACCCCUGAACAAGAGAAAGCCUUCUGACCAGUUUAAAGGAAGGUAUUUCUGCAGAAACAGAGACUGUACGACAGGAAUCAGUACUGAGAUUCAGCACCGCUGGGUUAAUAAUGAGAGAUUCGCUCUGUAUGACGAUGAAAACAGAGGAUUCUUCACAGUGUUCAUCAGGAAGCUCAGCAGAGAGGAUGCUGGGAAAUACACAUGUGGAAACAAUCAGGAAUGGAGUCGUGAUGUUGAUUUAUUGGUGAACAGAAACUCUUCUUCUUGUGGGACGUCUGUUAUCCGAUCUGCAUAUAAAGGUCAAACAAUCACUUUCAGCUGUGAAUAUGAACACAAGUUUGAAACACACACCAAAGUCUUGUACAGAGUGAAUGGAGAUCCUGUGUUUGUGCUGAAGAUCUCUCAAUCAUCACAAUCAUCUGAAGAGAAGUUCAUCCUGUCUGACAAUCAGAGAAAUCACUUUACUGUGACCAUCAGAGACAUUUCUGAAGAGGAGCGUGGAGUUUAUUUAUGUGGAGCGGAGAGAGACGGAGGAGAUAAACUACCUUCAGAAACAUCAGUUACUCACAUAACCUUCAUUAAAGAGAUUCAGCUGAACGUUUCUAGUCAGAUAACUUCUGUCCAGGUUGAGGCCUACAUCAGUAAAUCAGUCUUCAUCAAGUGUGAAUUUCCAGAAGAAUUCAAAGAAAACCAGAAAUUCAUCCAGAUACAUUCAUCACAGGAGAUCUCUGUUGAACAGAAUCAGUGGAUUCAUCUUGAUAAAGCGCUCGUGUAUGAUGAUACCAGUUCAGGAGUUUUGAAGGUUUUUAUCAGUGAUUUAACUGAAGCUGAUGAAGGAACGUACAGAUGUGGAGUGAAUACUGUUGAUGAUCAUCUGUUCAUGAAGAUCAGACUGAAGAUCAGUCAAGUUGAUCAUUUCCCUGAAUCAAGUGAAUCAGCUGCUGUUAUUGGUGAAAGUGUGAAACUCAGCUGUAAUUCCCCUGAGAAACAGCAGUCCAUCAAACACAUCUGUAAAGAGAACGAGCAGAAGAUCUGUCAGAGCAUCAGUUCAUCAGAGAAGCAGCGCUUUGAGUUUUCUGACAGUACAGCAGGAGUUUUUACAGCGAGCAUCAGUAAUGUGAGCCUGAGAGAUGCUGGAGUUUACUGGUGUGGAGCAGAAACCAGACACCAGCAUCUGACUUCUGUUUCUCUCACCAAUAAACAUCAACUGACUUUAACCAUGCCUCCAGUGAUCGGACGUGAAGGAGAUUCAGUCCAGAUCCAAUGCCCUUAUGAUGAAAAACACUCAACAGGAAUGUGUCUGCGCAGUAUAAUGUGUUUGAGUAAAGAAGUAAAGUAUCUGUGUAAAGGAAAGUGUUUCACUAAAGAUGCUCAAAUGAUCAUUCGUUCAGAUGAAGAUCAUGUUAAAAACCCAAGGAUUUCAGUAAAGGACGACACUGAACUCAAUCUCUUCACUGUGACCAUGACUGAGCUGAGAGCAGAGGAUGCUGGGAAAUACUGGUGUGCAGUGAAAGAUGUGUUUAAUCUUCCCAUUGAGCUCAUGAUCAUCAGGAAGGACGAAAUGGCGACCUCUGACACCAAAAGGCAAACACCCCAGGAUAAGCCUGAAAUGACUUCAUCUGACACUAAAAAGGAAACGGUCCAGGAAACAGUAAAGCCUGAUUUCUUCUGUCAGCGUCCAGAAACCAGUGAUGCUACGGUCUCCUCUUUGACCUUCUCACCAUGGCCAUUUCUAUAUCUAUAUUUAUAUCUAUAUUUAUAGCUUUUAUGUUAGGAAAAAACUGAAAUAUUUCAUUUUGAUUGUACAGUUUUCUAAAACAGAAAACUUUGGCUUCUUGUGCUGAAAGAUGUGAGCAAGCUACGUUUAAGUGUUUUAGUUUGUUUGUACCCUGAAUUUUUUUCUUUGAUUGGUAAAAUGUGUGCAAGAAUAUAUUUCGAUUGGUGGACAUUUUCUUUCAAUAAAUGAAUUUGAUGUCA